AUGGCAACUGUUCAUCCAACAUACAUUAUAAAAAAUAGCAGUGAAAAUAAAUUAGGAAGGUAUGUUGUAGCUGGGCGUGACCUUAGGGCAGGUGAAGAAAUAUUUCAAGAGGAAAUUUUCUCAAUUGGACCAAAAUCUGGUAGCCCUUUAAUUUGUUUAGGUUGUUAUUUGCCUCUCGAAGAAUUAAAAUUGUGUAACACAUGCAAAUGGCCAAUUUGUUCUCCUGAAUGUAGUCAAGAACCAUGGCAUAAAAAUUAUGAAUGUGAAGUAUUCUCACAGAAAGGAGUUAAAUUAAAUGAAGAAGCUGACAUAAGUGCUCAGUUAGAAUGCAUAACACCACUUAGAACACUUAUUGUAUCUGAAAAACAAAAUGAGCAAUGGGAAAAAGAAGUCAGCAAUAUGGAGGCUCAUACUGAGGAAAGAAGGAAAAAGAUAGAAUGGGCAGCUGAACAAGUGAAUGUUGUUAACUUUCUUGUUGAGGCUUGCAAGUUAAAAGAUCGAUUUAAUGAAGAUAAAAUACAAAAGAUAUGUGGAAUUUUGGAAGUAAACUGUUUUGAAGUGAUUACAAAACUCGGAAUCUCUAUUAGAGGUUUAUAUCCACGAAUGGCUCUUCUCAACCAUAACUGCAUUGCUAAUACAACCCAUUCUGUUUUUCUAGACAAAAAUUAUAGAUUACAGUUACGAACAACUGUCGACACAAAAAGUGGUUGUGAAUUGUUUUCGUCAUAUACAAGCAGCCUCCAGCCAACAAUUGUUAGAAGAGCAAGACUGAGGGAAUGCAAAUACUUUGACUGUACCUGUGCUCGCUGUUCUGAUCCUACUGAAAUGGGGACACAUAUUGGAACAUUUAAAUGCACAAAAUGUGACAAUGGCUUUAUCACAUCUACACAGCCUUUAGAUGACAAUGCACCUUGGAAAUGCAGUCACUGUGAUAAUGGAAUAACAGGAAAUGGUGUCCAGAGAAUUUAUCUUGCAAUUCAAGAGGACAUGGCAGAACUUGAACAAAUGGAAAUGGAUGGAGAAAAACUUGAGGCUACCGAAAAAUUAUUGAGAAAAUACAAAAGUGUUCUGCAUCCGAGAAAUGGUUCAAAUGUUCUUUUAUGGCACAGCCUAAGCCAAAUGUAUGGCCACACAGAAGGAUAUUCUUUAGAUAUGUUGCCAGAUUUACUUCUUGAACGAAAGUCAAAAUUCUGUAAGGACCUUCUUGAUAUUUUAAAUAUAGUUGAGCCAGGACUUACAAGGAUAAGAGGUUUAACACUAUUUGAAUACCACAUUGGAUGCUUACUGUACACCAAAAGUCGUUAUCAACAUGGAGAAUUCAAUAAGGAUGCCUUAAAAGAGAGGAUCCAUUCAGUAGUUGAUAUCUUAAAGGAAUGCCACCAAAUUUUAAGUCUUGAACCUGAAGGAACACCUGAAGCAAUGCUUGCUGCUUCUGCUUUGCAAUCUAUCAACCAACUGAUUGAAUCUGUAGAGCAGUUAUAA